GUAUUCCGAAGCAAUACUAAUGCUAAAAACAGAAACAUUUUCUAGCCCAAUCGCCACAAAGUACCAAAGGGUAAGAGUUGAGGGGGCAAUGGAGUCAUUAGCAGAUUUGGAGCGACUCCAGACCCGAAUCCUUCAACGAAUAACAAACCUCGAGCUCUCUCUUCUUCCUACCGGCGAUACUCCUCUCUCCGCCGCCAGUACCGCGAUCGCCGACGACACCACCACCGAGGACCGCCUAUCCUCCAUUCUCCUCGGGAAUGGCGUCAGAGAUUUCUGCUUCAAGCGUGUUGCCUCUGAUUACUAUGAUUGGCCUCUCGAAGCUCGUCGUGAUGUUUUAGGCGCUGCAUCCAUUCACCAUCUCUGCAAAAGCAUUGUUCUGGUAAAUACUCAAGCCCCAUCUAAUAUCACUGAUUGUAGUGAUCGUAACAAUUCAAAGUACUAUGUCGUAGUUGUACAGUAUACUGCUAGAUUUAAUGCUGAGACUGUGAAGAAUUUCCUAUACACACUCAAUGAUGGCAAGAUAGCCAAAAAGAAAUUCAACAUGAGACUUGCUCCCGAGGAGACAUCAAUCAAACUGACUGGUUUUGAACACAAUGGAGUUACGUGUGUUGGCAUGAAAACAGAUAUACCGGUGAUUUUGGAUGAAGCAAUUGCCAAACUCAGCCCUGACUUCUUCUGGUUAGGAGGCGGUGAGAUUUAUCUUAAACUGGGGGUGAGGACUUCAGAAUUCAUCAAGUUUGUUAAACCUUUCAUCGUCAACUGCAGCGGUGCUUAAAUUGACCCCAUUCCUCGAAAAGCCAGUGCCAGUAGGAAGGAAAAAUUCCUUAAGACCAGCAAUUUGAUAUUUUUAAAGGUUUAUCUCAUGAUUGUUAGGUUUCAUUGGAUUUGAGUUUUGAACUUGUAUCGAUAUUAAAUUUGUACUUCUAUAGUUAUUUUACCAUUCCCUUGCUGGAUUAUCAAGAUCUUUACACAAA